CUGGAUAUAACAUUGAAUUAAAUACAGAUUCCUGAUAAGAUUUUAAUUUUGCAACAUGCCUUUUCACUUCGUGUAUUUUGUGACGCUAAACCUGAAGAGGAUACAUUUUUUUAAGAGAGAGAGACUAGAGAUAAAAGUCAACUCCUUUACGUGUUAAAAGUAGUCGUAGACGUCUAACUAUCCGCGACAAAAGCCAACUUUUGGGGCCCACGUCAUUGGUUUCCACGGUGGGCCGAGCCAGCGCUGCUCUUCCGGUGGAGACGUGGCUCUCCGCUGCUGCCAUAUUGACGGUAGCUAGCUAACAAUCACCCAACUUCAAGUCAGCUGUAUUCGCGCACCGCCGUUCCCGAGUGGCUUCCAAUCUCCAAAGCGAAAAAAACAAACAAACAAACAAGAGAGUGAAUAUCGUGGUACCGCGGAGAGGGACUAAAAUGGUGCUGUUGGCAGCGGCGGUGUGCACCAAGGCCGGAAAGGCCAUUGUUUCGCGACAGUUUGUGGAGAUGACCCGGACGAGGAUCGAGGGUCUUCUGGCGGCGUUCCCCAAACUGAUGAACACAGGCAAGCAGCACACCUUUGUGGAAACGGACAGUGUUCGUUACGUGUACCAGCCUCUGGAGAAACUCUACAUGGUCCUCAUCACUACCAAGAACAGCAACAUUCUGGAAGACCUGGAGACACUCAGACUUUUCUCCCGUGUGAUCCCGGAAUACUGUCGCGUGCUGGAGGAGAGCGAAAUUUCAGAGCACUGUUUUGACCUCAUCUUCGCCUUCGACGAGAUCGUGGCGCUUGGCUACAGAGAGAACGUCAACUUGGCUCAGAUCCGCACUUUUACAGAGAUGGACUCCCACGAGGAGAAGGUUUUCCGUGCUGUCAGAGAGACCCAAGAGCGUGAGGCCAAGGCCGAGAUGAGGAGGAAGGCCAAGGAGCUGCAGCAGGCCAGGCGGGAUGCCGAGCGCUCCGGGAAGAAGGUGCCAGCUUUCGGUGGCUUCGGCAACUCCGGACUAUCCAGCGUGUCCUCGGGGGCCAUAAUCACAGACACCAUCGUUGAGCCGGAGAAGCCCAAGAUCACACCAGCACCAGUCCGAUCCAGUGGACCCAGUAAGGCUCUGAAACUCGGUGCUAAAGGGAAGGAGGCCGACAACUUUGUCGACCAGCUCAAGUCAGAGGGAGAAACCAUCAUGCCCACCAUAGGAAAACGAGGCUCUGACGUUUCUAAAGCUCUGCCCCCACCAGUCAACGUAGAGAGUGUACACCUGCGCGUCGAGGAGAAGAUCUCGCUGAGCUGCGGCCGCGACGGGGGCCUGCAGAACAUGGAGGUGCUGGGCAUGGUGACGCUCAGAGUCUCGGACGAGAAAACCGGACGCAUCCGCCUCAUCAUCAACAACAACGACAACAAAGGGCUGCAGCUGCAGACACAUCCCAACGUGGACAAGAAACUGUUUACAACAGAUUCGGUGAUUGGCCUGAAGAAUCCCGAGAAGUCUUUCCCGCUCAACAACGAUGUCGGUGUGCUGAAGUGGAGACUGCAGACCACGGAUGAGUCCCUCAUACCUCUAACCAUUAACUGCUGGCCGUCGGAAAGCGGCACCGGCUGCGACGUCAAUAUCGAGUACGAGCUGCAGGAAGACGCCCUGGAGCUGAACGACGUGGUCAUCAGCAUCCCCGUACCGUCUGGCGUCGGAGCCCCCGUGAUCGGGGACCUGGACGGAGAGUACAAGCACGAUGGCAAGCGGAACCUUCUGGAGUGGUGCCUACCGGUCAUCGACGCCAACAACAAGACGGGCAGCCUGGAGUUCAGCAUCGCCGGGCAGCCCAACGAUUUCUUCCCUAUCAAUGUGUCCUUUGUGUCCAAACGCAACUACUGUGACAUUCAGGUUACCAAAGUGACCCACGUAGACGGUGACAGCCCGGUGAAAUUCUCCUCAGAAACUUCCUUCGUCGUCGACAAAUACGUGAUCGAGUAGAGACGUCCGACGAAGCAAAAAUCACCAACAAAAACAAAAAGUCCAAAUCUAUGCUACAGAGAAAGAUUGAAGAUUUCUAGUCUGCCGCCCCUGUGUACUAUUUGAGACUGAACAUCGACAGGCUGAGGUGGGCUGCCUGCCGGAGCGCCCCCCUGUGGUGGAGCAGAGCAGCGCUGGUGUAUUUAUAUGUUUGUACGAGAGAGGAUCCUUCACAUUAUAUAGACUUCAGUUAAGUAAUCGCGCGCGUGUGUGUGUAUAUGUAUUUCCAUACAUAUAUACAGAUAUAAAUGAAUUACUUAACUGAACAGGAAAAACCAACAAUGCACACAAAGGCUACGUCACUGAUACUGUUGUGUGGUGAACUGUAAAGAGGACUGCAGACUAAGUAGAGGAUGACUGCGGGAGUAAAGGAGAAGCCGGCGGCGGCCUCGUCAUCAGUUAAUCAGUAACUGCGAGAACCCCCCCCCNUCCACUGAGCAUCCACCAGAAGCGUUUUACUUUCAUUGUUUUCAGCUUACUCAAACUGGAGCUGUAGCCGUGUCGCUCAGAUGCCUGUCAUUUCUUUAAUCGUUAAACUUCGGGGAUAUCUCAUGUCUCAUUUU